UUUGAUAGUGAAUGGCACAGAGAGUCAGUUUUAGUGUGACUCUUGGGCAGAGAGUGUUUAAUUUGGUGAACUACAAAUUGUGAAGAGUUAUGAAGGUUCUUGUUGAGUCGCCGUUGAUUCUAGAUCCAUCGGAACUGCUCAGGCCGGAGCCUGAGUUCCUGGACAAGAGUGCGUCCAAGUUCCGCGAUUACACUGUGGACACGACGGAUCCGCUGAAGGAGCGCGUGAGGCUGACCUAUCGCAAGAUGCAUCUCAAUCAGACGGUGGAUUUCGUGAGAGGGCGUCACGCCGAGUGGCUCACUUUCUCCAAGUUCCGCGCCACCAUCCGGGAGGCGCUGGAGCGCCUCAAUGACCUGGUGGACGAGUCGGAUCCCGAUCUGGACUUGCCCAACAUCGUGCACGCCUUCCAGACGGCCGAGCGAGCGCGCGAGGAGCACCCGGACCUCGACUGGCUGCAUCUCACGGGCCUCAUUCACGAUCUGGGCAAGGUCAUGGCGUUCUACGGGGAGCCACAGUGGGCGGUGGUGGGCGACACCUUUCCCGUGGGCUGUCUCUGGUCAGACCACAUCGUCUAUCGCAGCGACAGCUUCGACGGCAAUCCAGACGGCGAGAAUCCCGCCUUCAACACCAAGUGCGGCAUGUACGAGCCGAACUGCGGGCUGCGCAAUCUAAUGAUGUCAUGGGGACACGACGAGUACAUGUAUCGCGUGCUGAAGCACAACAGAUCCGCACUUCCGGAGCAGGCGCUCUACAUCAUCCGCUAUCACUCCUUCUAUCCGUGGCACUCAUCGGGCGACUAUCAGCACUUGAUGCGCCCGGAGGACGAGGAGAUCAAGAAGUGGGUGCUGAGCUUCAAUCGCUACGAUUUGUACACGAAGAGCACCAAAGUGCCGGACAUCGAGGCUCUGUGGCCGUAUUAUCAGUCGCUGAUCGACAAAUACUGUACAGGCGAGCUGGAAUGGUAAAUAUGAUGAUAACUCGGGGUUUUGCUUAUGUAUAAAAUACUCUUUUUAAUAAAUAAAUAUUAAUAUCUAUUGAUCACAGAA